GCCUAUUGGUAACGGGCAGACCAUCUAAGCUAAGAUAUUUCGAACAAUGGGAAAAGGAACUUAACCGGAGUAUGAAGCCGAGCAGCUGGCAUACCGCAAUGGCAGGAGUGAAGAGAGCCACUCACUGUUUGGACCAUAUAGAGGCAGCUUACAAGUUAUGGAUGCGGUGGUACCUCGCCCCCCAAUGCCUAGCACACAUUUACCCAGGCGCCCAGCCAACCUUUUGGCGCUGCUGUCGGGAUACAGGUACACUGACUCCUAUUUUCUGGCACUGUCCAGCUCUUACAAACUACUGGCAACAGAUACAAAAUCUAGUUGAGAUCAGCACGG